AUCGAUCAAAAGUUUUUUUUUCGACAUCUAUUAACGUGAUAAAUUCUCGGCGUUUAUAUAAAAUGUUUAAAGAUUGUCGCUGACUAGUCGACAAAAAUUUCAAGUUUUAAUUAUUCUGAUCGUGGACGGUGGACGGUUUAAUCGUUCGGUAAUGGCUCGAAAAAGAGGAAGGGUGACGAAGAAAUUGUCGAGGAGAAAAGUUCGAAACGUGAAACCGAUGAAAAUUGCUGCUCUAAUCGUGUCCGCUAUUCAAGACCUUCGUGAGACCAAAGGAUCCACUACUAACAGGAUCAUAGGUUACAUAAACUACGGGACGAAUAUGGGUGAGGGACAGGUUAAACGACAAGUAAAAGCAGCGUUGAGAAGGGGAGUCGAGUAUGGCAUACUAAGAAGGCACCGGGGUCACUAUUUCCUCCCUAUGUCCGAUGAAUUAGAUCGUGCAAAUCGCAUUGCCUUGAGAUUCGCUAAAUUACCUUUGCCCUCUUCCAAUUCCAUCAAGUCAAACACGAUCCCUUCCCGCAAAAUCACGUCGGUGAAAAGUCAAAGGAAGUUGACCAGCUCUAACGUAGGAUCACGGAAGACGAAACGAUUCGUAAAACCUCGUUCACCUUUAAUUUCACCCACAGUUAGUUUGGCGAACGCUGUUUGCGUUGCUGAUCAUUUGUAACUCGAUCGACCGUGAUUCUUAAAGAGUAAUUUUGUUAUUUGAUACCUACUGUACGAUUAGGUUCAUCAUUCUUGUGAAUUUUAUAAUAUAUAACUAAA